GUAAGGUAGCGAACGUGAUGGCGACCAAGGUGAAGCUGCUGCAGCGGGAGCUCAAGACGGUCAAGGCCGACCUGGCAUUCUCCAAGGAGCGGUGCGCGCAGCUGGAGGAGGAGAACCGCCUGCUCCGGGACGGCAAACACGACGCCGUCGCCGACGAGGACCUGAUACGGCAGCAGCUGGAGACGCUGCUGGAGGAGAAGGCGCGGCUGGCGAACGAGAACACGCUGUACGCCAGGGAGAACGGGUUCCUGCGGGACGUCGUCGAGCUCCACCAGCUCAACAUGCAGGACAUGGUCAGCCUCCACGAGGACACGAUCGAGGAAGAAGAAGACCAAUACGAUGAAGACGAGGAAGAUGCCGAUGACCAGUCCAUCUGUUCUCCAUUCUGCGUGGAGCACGCUAUGCCACCUACCCCGAGCACUCCACCCCAGUCGCCCGCUCUUUUUCACGCAGACGACAAUGCUGCGGCGACCCCCUUGCCGUCGCCCUCCUUUCGCGCCGAGAACGCGCAGGUGUUGAGGAUGGACAGCUGCAGAGAUGCCACCUUCGCCGCUUCUGGGUCGCCCUUGCGCCGUAGCUCCAAGGAAGAAGAUGGCUCGCAGCAGCAGACAACGCCAACCCAACGGAGCUUCGAGGAUGAUAAUUGUUCGACAGAGAUGACUGACAAACGGCCAAUGGGAACUGCUGGAGCAAUGUUGUAAUGCAUGUAGAGGAUACCUUCUGUCCAAUUUCUUACGUUGUCCAAUGUAACUCCUAGUUCAUCUGAUCACGGUGAGAAUACAUUCUCAACACUUAAUUUGACCAUCUUAUCCGAUCAUUCCUUCCGUGGUCAUUAUUUCUUUCUCGUGGAGUCAAGAAUGGGGUGAGGACCAUGCCUCCGGAUUUUUGUUUACAUAUUAUUUUUGGUAAUGAAUCUAGCUAUUUCAUUUCGUGUCAUAUAAACCACAUAUUAGCAUAGCAUUUCUUGGUCAAAACCUAAUCUUAACGAAACAUAGUACUUUCUC